AUGGAAGUUAUAAUUACUGUUGUGGUUCAUGAUGAAGAUUUUGCUGGACUAGAUCCUGGAUUUCAACUUAUUUUGAAAAGGCUUGACAAAGUAGAUGCGUCAUUGAGUGCAAUUAAGUCGGAUAUUCAAUCCUCCAGCAACAAGCUAACAGAACUUGAAAAAAACGUUGAUACACUUGAAGAGAUUGUUACUGGUGAGUCUUUAUAUGAUGAAGUGAAGGAUAGGAUGAAUAGAGAGAAGAACUUUAUUAUAUAUAACUUUGAUGGCUCAGUGAACGCAGCUGCUACUGAUUCUGUGAAAAUAAAGAAAUUGCUCGAGGAUACAAUGCUUGUUAUUCCAUUUAACUUUGAUGAUCUUAAAGUUUUUCGACUUGGACGUGAUUUUGUUGAAGGAAAGAAUAGAUUAGUCAAAGUUGUUAUGAAAUCAUCUGAUAAUGUACACUGGAUUUAUCGUCAUAGUAGUGAAAUUUUUAAAAAUAAUGUUUUUGUCAGUAGUGAUCUUACAAAAAAUGCAAAAACUUAA